AUGACGACUCUGGCGGAAACCGAAGAGUUCUCGGAAGCGCGAUCGCGCCACUGCGGGUCCACGCCAGGGCGCUGCGGCCCACUCGCGCCGGCCAGCAGAGAUAACGGCGCCUCGCCGGAAGCGGCGGGCCGGUUCCGGCGGAGUCCCGGCGGCGGCCGGGGCUGCGGGCAGGAUGGCGGCCAGUGGCUCCGAGGGCAGGCCGCGAUGAGGGAGGCGCGCGGGCCCUGGUGCUGGCUGCUGCUCGCCGCCCUGCGCGUCGCAGGCAGUGUACCAAGAGACCGGCUUAGUGAGUUCGCUAGACACAAUCUCGUCACGCUUCAGCUGAUUCACGGCGAAACACACAACGAGAUACCAUCCACUCUAGAACAGAAUGGGAGACAUGUGAAGCUGUUAGCUGUCAAGUACGAGCUUCACAAGCGUGAAUACGUGCUGGACCUCUUUCUCAACAUAGAUCUGAUACCGAAAUCCUAUUUUGAAAAAUACCAACGCAAAGACGACUACGAAAUAAGGAAGUAUGAACAUCUGGAAGUGAUGUGUCAUUACCAUGGGCACAUUCGAGGCAUCCCUCGUUCAUGGGCGGCUAUUUCAACGUGCAAUGGCACCAGUGAUUAUUUUAGUGGUGCCAUAUUUGACGGCAAUGAAAUGCACUACUUGGAAAGCAGCCCGUACCGGGUGGCCGAAGAAGUGGAUUUGCAGAGCGGCAGACGUCACUUCUUGUACAGCAGUGCUGCUCUGCGAGCCAACCUCAGCUGCGGUGUACCAAGUAAAAUUGAUGACUUAUUUCUGAACCAAAGAUCACUGAAUGCACAAAGGUUUAAAAGAGAUAUUGAACUUACCUGGUCCUUCGUCCACGGUCCGUACAGCUCCAACGAACAGUCUCGCUACGUGGAACUGGUACUUGUUGUGGACAGAGAAGUAAAUGAGAAUCGAGGGAAUGAAGUGUUCAGUUUCUGCAAGCAAGUAGUUAAUAUUGUCAACAGGAUGUAUUCUCCUCUGAACAUAUACAUUGCCCUCGUGGGGGUUGUGGCGUGGAACCUGAGGGAUGAGAUCAGUGUGACAUCUUCGAGUGAUGACACGCUGACAAGCUUUCUGCAAUACCGGAAAAACAUGUUGCUCAGGGAUCAUCCAAAUGACAACGCCUAUUUGCUUACGGGAAAGACGUUCAACUCGGGCAUAGUGGGCAAGGCCAUGAAGGGGUCAAUGUGCUCCUCUGACAACUCCGGCGGGGUCAUCAUGGACCACAGCCGCUCUGUGGGCAUGGUAGCGCACACGCUGGCCCACGAGAUGGGGCACAACUUCGGCAUGGAGCACGAUGAAGGUGACUGCCGUUGCGACGGCAAGUUCUGCAUCAUGGCACCCUCGGGGCCAGUGUGCGGCAAUGGGUUCGUGGAGAAUGGCGAGCAGUGUGAUUGCGGGCUGGAGGCGGCGUGCGACAACCCUUGCUGCAACAGCUCCACCUGCCGGCUGCGACCCGGGGCCGAGUGUGCGACGGGACACUGCUGCGACCUGCAGCGAUGCAGAGUGAAGCCGGCAGGUACACCGUGUCGAGCUGCUGAUCGUGAGUGCGACCUCCCAGAGUUCUGCACAGGGAAGACAGAGUACUGUCCGAACAACGUGUUCAAGGUCGAUGGUGAAGCAUGUCGCAGUGGGCAGGCUUUCUGCUAUCAGGGAUUAUGUCGCACUCACAAUACUCAGUGCCAGCUGCUGUGGGGCCCAUCUGGCAGAAAUGGACCUGAAAUAUGCUACUUGGCAAACUGUACACAUUCGAAAAAGUGCAGAGAAAGGGAUGCUACCUGUGGACUUCUGCAAUGCACGCACGCAGAAGGUGGCCUGCAGUUUGGCAACAUUCACAGAGCCAUCACAACAAAGCAAGACAUAGCGGUCGGACAUAAGUCUGUCUCCUGUGUGCAUGUCACGCAAGUGACUGAGGGGGAAAAGGACGCUGGUGAAGUUCCUAACGGCGCCAAGUGUGGAGAAGGACAGAUGUGUGUGAACCAGACGUGCACGCCUGUGUACCGUGUCAGGCACUGCGCUUCCAACUGCUCUGGUAACGGAGUCUGCAACAACUUGGGCCACUGCCACUGCGCACUUGGAUUUAAUCCUCCAGAAUGUGACAUUAUUGGUCCUGGAGGUAGUCUGGAUAGUGGACCUGCUACACAUCCUGAAGGUAACAUACAGCUCGCCAUCUCGCUGUAUUCAAUCUUCCUGGGCGUGGUCCCUCUAAUGGUGCUGGUGGCAGGGGCAGUACACUUCUAUCGCCACAAGCGAGUCAGCGGUGGGAGAAUAGCAACCACGGAGGAGUCAGGUCGACCAAUGUACAAGCCAUCAUUCUUCAGACUGCGGGCGGGAGCUAAAUCGGGAGGUGUGAAGUCGUGUGGGCGGCAGGACUCUUCCCAGAGGCCAGACAUAACCAAGCAAGAGCUUGUGUCCACUACGAACCCAGCAGUCAUGGCUGUGCUACGAAAGGACAGAGAUGAGAACUCUCCACAGCCUCCUCUCACCCGUGGCUCCAGAUUCUCUGUGAGGAUCCGCAAGUUGUCGCUGUCCAAAGGGCGGGCCCUCCGGCUGGCACCGAUGCGUGGCCUGCUGGAGCCCUCCGACUCAUCAGGUGCAUCCACCCCGGACACACCGCCAGUGCUGAGACCUGCCGAGCCCGGCGGGCUGUCUGUGGCCCGACUGGUCGCCAGGUUUCAUGACGACGAAGAUGCGGUGGUGAAGACCCCAACCAUGCGACCACGACCCCCCUCACAGUCUAGAAAGCCUCGGCUCCCGCAGGUGUAGAAACUGUCACAGAGACUCCUCUAACUGGCGUGCAUGCCAUUUGAUCUCAGCACAUUAAUAGGAUGGCUAGCAACAGGGAAUAACAGGAAAAUCAGGAAGAGCAGGGGAUUGUACAGCUGCAGGAAAAGUUCCGUGAAUUUCGAAGGUAGUCCGGUAAUGUUUGUAAUUAAUUAUGAGGUAAUUGAAAAGUUGUAAGUUAUAGCAGAGAUUUAUUUGGUUAUGUACCGGUUCCAUGUACACAUAAAUUAUUCUUCCUUUCAAACCUGUAACUAAAUGUUAAAAAAGAUUUCUUCACAUUCCUUUUUUGUUAUAAAUAUAUCAGCACUUUGACUACAUGCAUUGACUUCAGUGUUUCGAAGUAGAGAAUAAAAUAAUUUAUGCUCGCCUGUUUCUAUAGUAGCGAUUAUGAAUUUGAAUGUUUGAUGUUUAUUUUCUAAAUACAGUAGAGCACCCCUCAACCGUAAUUCCCACAAACGGAACUCCCGAUAUCCAGAACUAAUUUUCCAAACAAUAUUAAAACAUUGCAAAACAUCUCCAAAACAUUUCCGGACUGGAACGAGGAGUUUUUGCUUUUGCCUGACUGUACAUGUCUUGUAGGCGUGCGCGCACACGUCUGUCAGAGAGCUAAUUAUAGCCAGUCUUUCCCUCGCAUUGCGUAAAUACACCGCUGGUUUUCGCAUCGGACGUGAAUUACUAUAUAGAUGUUUAUGCUAUAAGUAGUUUUAUUGUUUCACUACGUCAAGUAAACUGAAAAUUCUUGCCGGCCCGAGAGUAUGUACACCAACUCCCACUACACACGCUGACACAAGUGAUAGCGAGUAACAUUUACUUACAACGUGUGAUGCUUUCAGUUUGUAGACAAUAAUUUAGUGUACAAAUAUUUAUUAUGUACAUAUUUAAUAUAUGGUUAAACAGUCUACAGUUACCUGUAUUUCUCGAUCUCUGUGUUUUUAAACGAGAUGCUUGAAGUGUUAUUCUUGUGUAUGUGAAAUGUAAACUGUGCGUGGCAGUGACUAUACACUCUCCAGGAAGUGUGAAUCACUAGCAUGUCAACACAGAAGUAACACAACACUGCAGCUGUAGCCCUACUACCUCCCCCGAACCUUCUUCUUGUCCUCUUCGCUCACGCAUGCACCCACCAAUAGAGAUAAGAAACACGUGCCUGCCAGCUUGCUUGAAUGAAGGUCAUUCAACCGGCCUGGAGGCCGGCCCUACUGCAACUCCCCUUACCUGGAAUUUUCCCAUAACCGGAAUAAACCUCCCCCCAAUGAUUCCGGUUGGGGGGAUGCUCUACCGUGCUAAUUUAUUGGUCAGGGAAUAUUUUUUGCAAGCCUGGAAAAGUCAGAAAAUUUUUAUCACAGGUUUGCUAGCCAUCCUGAUUAAUGAGUAUUUGGCUCCGCCAUAAUUUAUUUUUCAAUAAUAUGUCAUUUUUGAAUAAUUUGUAAUAAUUUCAUUUAUUUAUCAUAAUUUGGGACACUAUAUCUCCACUCUCUCCAAACCCCAAGCUACUAUAGUCCAUUGAAGAUAAUACAGGAUAGGGCAAAAUAUGUGUAUUGGUUUUGAAGGGCUAUUAAAAAAAUCAGAUCUACUUACAGAAA